UCCUCACUGACCAAAGCUAAGGACGUGUGUAAACGUCAUGCGUUGUUUUUCUCUCUUAUAGUUCAGUCAUUCUGUAAGCGCUGUUAUUUUGUAGCGAACCAGCGCCGGGCGCACAAUUACGCACAGGAACUGUUCGGUUGUAGGUUUGUUUGAUUUUUGUUGCUGAGGAAAACAAGUUACAAGUUGAAAGUAAGUCGAAAUAUUUUGAAGCGCUAGGAUGGCGAGUCCGCCACUAACUGGAGGGACCUCGUUAUCUAACGUCAACAUGCUUUCAAACAACGUCAAGAAAAGUGGAUACCUUAAAAAACAGAAGCAUGGACACCGGAGAUUUUUUGUUUUGAAAGAGCAAAGCGACUGCUUGCCAGCAAGGUUGGAGUAUUAUGAAAGCGAGAAGAAAUGGAAAAACAAAUCAGCUGCGAAAAGAGUCAUCUUUCUGGACUCCUGUUUGAGCAUAAACAAGCGCGCAGACGCAAAAAACAGGCACCUGAUAGCUCUCUAUACCAAGGACGAAUAUUUUGCCGUAGCUGCUGAAAACGAAAACGAGCAGGAAAGCUGGUACAGAGACCUCACCGAUUUAAUGACUGAGCGGAAAGUGUGUGACAGCGGAGUCACCAACUCUGCGUCCUCUUUAGUGGGUUUUGACGAGGGUAAUUAUGGUAUGAUCACUCCAGUAAACGCUGCUUACAAAGAGGUAUGGCAAGUGAAUUUAAAGUCCAAAGGACUUGGACAGACUAGAAACAUAACGGGAGUUUACAGGUUGUGUUUAUCAAGUCGGUCAAUUAGCUUUGUGAAACUUAACACUGAAGUUCCAUCUGUCAGCCUGCAGCUCAUGAACAUAAGACGAUGUGGUCAUUCUGACAGCUUUUUUUUCAUUGAGGUGGGUAGAUCAGCCUCUACAGGACCCGGAGAGCUUUGGAUGCAGGCAGAUGAUUCUGUAGUGGCACAAAACAUACACGAAACAAUUUUAGAGGCUAUGAAAGCAAUGAAAGAGUCGUCAGAGUUCAGACCACGCAGCAAAAGCCAGUCUUCAGGCUCCAACCCUAUAUCUGUACCCAGCCGACGGAACUUGCACAAUUUGCCUCCCAGUCAGACAGGGUUGGUAAGGAGGUCAAGGACAGACAGCGUGGCACCCACAUCGCCUUUCAACAAGUUUACAUCUUGUCGGAUACGCACAGCAAGUGAGGGUGAAGGCACCAUGGCAAGGCCAGUAUCCAUGCCUCUAUCAGAAAAUGGAAGCCCCACUGUGCGAAACCACAUGAGCAGGUCCAACACGGUUUCUGUGGGAUGCCAUACAUUUGAAGCAUCGCUUCUACAUCACAACCGAUCCAUGUCUAUGUCUGUGCCUGUAUCUCAUUCACCCCCAUCUCCGAUAAGCCCACUGAGCCUUUCGUCUACUAGCAUGAAUGGCUCUACCUCCACCUCAGCAGUACAGAAGCCUUCGAGUUGCAGUGGCUCUGUCUCUGGGUCACCUAGUGACACUGGCUUCCUCUCAUGUGAUGAUUACGGGUCCAGCCCAGGGGAUGCAAAAUACAACACAUCCAACCGGAGCAAUACACCUUCAUCCUUUUCUGGGACACCCCCUUCCCGUGAAAGCACAGAUCUCCAUGGUUACAUGAUGAUGGACAGUCCAUCAAGCUACUCCUUAAAUAAGAUACAGGUAUGCAGAGAGAAGCUAGACUUCGAGAAGUUAUACAGGAAGAGAACAUACUCCCUAACUGCACCACAACAACCUAGGACCCCCUCUCAUCAGUCUUCAAACUCACUUGAUGAAUAUAUGCUGAUGUGGGCAGUGCAUGCUAAUGGCCACUCUGGGCAGAGCACACACUCUGUUUCCCCAAAGGUUUCAUACCCUGAGGAUUAUGGGGACCUUGAAAUUGGCUCCAGCAGGAGUUCUGUUAGUAACCAAGGUGAUGAUGGCUACAUGCCCAUGACACCAGGUGUGGGACUACAAGGCAGCAAAAAUGACAACUAUGUGCCCAUGAGCCCCAUGUGUGUCUCUGCACCCAAGCAGAUCAUCAAUCCCAGGUCCCACCCUCAGGCUGCAGGUAGUCAUGGCACAACCAGUUCUCCCGGCACUGGUUCACUAGACGAUAAUGGUUACAUGAGGAUGUGGUCUGGCUCCAAAUCCUCAUUAGAGACCACUGAUGCCAAAGUGGCAAAUGGGGAAUAUAUGAACAUGUCGCCUGUCGAUCCGUAUGUCUCAGCAACUCCACCAGAUUAUUUCCAUGGAGGUUGUACGCCUGCACAGCGACACACCUUUUUGCUAAAUUCUAAUAAACAUGAAGGUUCUAAAAAAGGAGAAGACCAGUAUGUUGUAAUGUACAAUCAGGGGCGUAAAAGAGGAGAGGAGACAAACUGCAAUGCCAUGUCUAUGGCAAGUCCUGCGCUAUCGUUGCCCAGCCCCUCCAUGUUUCUACCACUCAGGCAUAGUCGGAACGACGGACUGUUGCAUAGAGCACGUGUCAGCAGACAGAACAGAUUAUCUCUGGAUACUCUAAGGAUGCUCCCAAGAAUGAAUGAACAUCCCCUCCCCAGUGAGCCAAAAAGCCCAGGGGAGUAUAUAAAUAUAGACUUUAGUGACUCUACACAGUACUCUUUACCCUCUGGAUCAGUAGAAAGCCAAGCUUCAUCCCCCAGCCUUGGCAGUGUAAGAAGAUCCCCACUUUGUGACUAUAUGAACCUUGAAUUAAACUCACAUUCCCCCAAAACAGAAACCUCUGCUAGUGCUCUACAUGAAAUCCCAGAGCUCACCAACUGUCCAUCUGAUGGGGAAACAUACGUCUAUGAUAAGCAGAUCUCCUCUUCUUCGUCUGGCUUGAGGAACAAUGAUUAUGCUGAGAUGAAUUUUGAUGAAUCACGCGUGUCACCCUCCAUCACCACAGAGAACAGGGAAACCGAUAUGGCUAGCCCAACUAACAGGGUACAGAGGCUUACUCUUAGUGACGACAACAUGCCAGGAAUAGGGUCAUUCCUCUUACCCAACGCUACAAUCGACCCUGAUGGAGAGGCAAAAGUUAUCCGAGCUGACCCACGCGGUAGAAGACGGCACAGCUCAGAGACCUUCUCAUCCACCACCACUGUAAUGCCAGUGUUUCCCUCUUUCGCCCACAAGUCCAAGCGAAAUAAUUCUGCCUCUGUUGAGAAUGUGUCUGUCCGGAGCAGCGAGGGUUCUGAUGAGGAAUACGGCAGCCCCAUGUGCAAAGAGACUUCUGCUGGGUUCCAGCAUGGGCUCAAUUAUAUAGCUUUAAACCUCAUGGAAAAUAGAGAGUUUGGGAAUUGUGAAAAUAUGAUGGGAUUCAAGACUAUCAGUUGUUGCAAAGGAGGAAUAAAUGGUCUACACGACAGUCCAUAUGUUUCACUGGGAUUCAAGGAGACAGUGACCACUGUGAAAGAUUGAUCACCUCUUGGAUCACUGUGGUAGUGUAGGCCUAUGACCAGAGGCGGCCGCCGCCGCAGCUGAAUUUUGCUGCUGUUGAUGAACCUUGACCUUCGACCCUCACUCUGCAUUCCUGACAGAAUAAAUGUUGAUCCUAUCCAGGCUGGACACUUUAAAUGUGGCCCCCUCUGCAAGCAUGGAAACCACAAUCUGCUCUGUUCUUCAGGAACUGCAAAUUGCUGCUCUGUAGGUGACAAGAGUCACAAACUUGUGUUAUGUAUGUAUGUUGUAUCAGUUAUUUUUAUUGUUGUUAACACUUUAUUUGGUUGGCCUUGGAGGAAUUAAUAGAAAUACAGCCACACCUCAUCAACUUACCCUGCAAAAACCAUAACCAGAAUGUCUACUAUUUACCUUACCAUACACAUGAACCUCAACAAAGGUACAUAUUUAAUAAUUUAUUUAUUUCUAGGUUAAUGACUAAUGUUCAUGACCUUUACUGAUUAGCGACAAAGACCCAGGAGAUGGCUACAUGUCCUACCUCAGGAAGAGAGUCUUUUGGGGGUGUACAAAAGUCAGACAUAAUACUGAUUUAUGUUUUUAUCAUUAUUUUUCUUUACAUUUCCAAUCCAAAGCCUUACUGUUUCACUGAUAUAGAAUUUGCUGGUAUAUAAUAAUUAGGACCUAUGUAAUAAGACAGAUCUAAAAAUGCAAAUUAUAUCUAACAUAUUUUUUUAUAGAUGCUUAUUUAAUCUCACCUUGGCUGACAUGUUUAUAUGAAAAAGGCCACUUAAUAAUAAUGUAAUUUGGAAAUGUGUCUGAUAUAUGCAAGUUGAACCACUAAAUCAUGUGGUUGUUGCACACGACGAUUACCUACCUUCAUAAAAAUUAAUGCAGGAAUAAGUAUUAUUUUUAUGAUGAAUUACAGUCUCUCUCUCUCUCACACACACACACAUGCAUAUAUCAUUAUAUAUAUAUAUAUAUAUAUAUAUAAAAAAUGUAUAGCUUGGUAUAGAGAUGGAGAUGUGCCCUAUUAUAAUGUCUCCCUUUUUGGACACUGCACCAGAACUGGAUUCACUGUAUACCCAGUGAUGGUGAACAUGGUUGUGUUUUUAUUUGUUGACCUGACUAAGUGGUGAAGUACACCGUGUACUUAGUAACUGGUAGAAACACAGGCACUUCACAGUGGGUUGCCAGUUGUUGACAGCCGACCUUGAUGGCAAGCAGCUCCAGAUUGUAAUACAUGACACUUUUGAAUGUAGUGCAUGUAACUCGUUUAAUAUGUGAGAGGGAGAAAUAAACCAAAAUAACUGUAGAAUUCCUUUUUAUUUACCCCUGUAUAAUUGUGCAAACUAUACACAAAGUAUAUACAUAAACAAAUUAGACACACAGUUCGCUAAAGAAUCUCUUCUGUCUGAAAAGGAUCAAGAGCUAAUCUCUAAAAUCAAAAUAACACAGAAAACAUGUAUAAAAUGUCUAACAGUUUGCACAUAUGAAGUGUGUAUUCUGUCGCUUAAUAUAUACCACGCUGUAGAUUUUUUUUUAAUAUAGGACUUCAUAAAAAGAGACACAAAAAGGCACUUUACUACAUAAUUCUUUAAAACAGCUACUUGAUUCUAGCGCAAAUCCUUUUCUGUACCAUCUGUUCACCCUCUUUUUAUGCAAUAUUUACAAAUGAAAAAGCAAAAUUAGUUUACAAAGAGGAACCAAAUGUGUAAAGAUUCUUAAUGUAUUUGUCGAAAGAUUUUACACAGAGAUUGACUAUAUUCUGUUUGUACAUUUUCUUUCUGCCUCCUUUAAUGAACUUAACAUUUAACAGUAUUCCUGGAGUAUAAUAUAGUAAAACAUUGAUUGAACUUGCUGUGUCUUCCAUUGUCCAAAUGUCAUACUUCUAUUUGUUGUGAUGUUCUAAUGCUAUUAAAUGAUAUUUAAACUAUCUUAGUAGAAUAUAUAUUUUAUUUGUGUUCAUAAAGGAUAGGCACAUGCAAUAACUAAAUAAAUAUUGUCAUUUAAGUCAAA